AUGGAUCCCGGCUGCCAUAAGCUCUAUCAUGUACACGGAUUUGAUUCCAGACAAUUUUUGGAGCAUUACCUGUCAGACAAAGCUGAUAUGGUCUUUGGAGAGGAAUCCUUGAAAUUUCCCAUUGAAAAUCUUACAAAAGUGUUCACGGAGGGUCAUAUUAAAGGAGAUGUCCUGAUUGACCUCAGUCUUAGUUCUAUGGUUCAUCAUCUGUAUUCAGCUUGUGAGUUUUUCAACCACAUCAUAGUGCUGAAGGCCCAAGACAGAUGCAUCCUGGAGCUGAAGAGAUGGCUGAACACACGUACUGGAGCAUUUGAUUGGGGACAUGCCACCAAACUUCAUGCAGACAUAGAAGGAAAAUGUGACCAGUUACAGGACAAGGAAGAAAAAGUGAGAUCGGCAGUUCAACAUGUUAUGAGAUGUAACCUUGAGCAAGAAAAUAUGACGGAUCCGAUAGUCUUACCACCAGCAGAUUGUAUUAUCAGCACUUGGAUCCUAGGCGCUAUAAGCAAAGACCAAGAUGAAUACAUCAGAUAUCUCAGGAAGUUCUCAGGGUUGCUAAAACCUGGAGGACAUCUCAUAAUAAUUGAAGACUUAGAUGGAACAUAUUACACUGUUGGGAAUGAAAGGCAUCAUUAUCUUACAUGUGAUGAGGAUUUUUUAAGGAAAGCUCUAGUUGGGGAAGGAUUUGUUAUUAACUACUGUAAGGUUCAGAAGAGAACAAACAUGAGUGACCUUGUUGACUAUAGUAGUAGCAUAUUCAUUGCAGCUCACAGGGAGAAAUCGGUCUGA